AAAAAGAGUCUAUAUAUCAAUUCUACUCUCACUGUGUUGAAACGCAAUCUUCUUCUUCUAUUCCUAGUCAGUAGUUCUUCUUCUUCAAGACCAAACAAAGAAAAUCUUAUUUUUUUCGAACCAUCCAAGACUGUUUCAGCUGCUACUGUUUCAUCUACCCUUGAAGUGGUUCCGGUUCUAGUUUUAGACUUUGGGUUCGAGAGAAUGAGUGCUUCAAAGUUCAUUAAGUGUGUCACAGUUGGAGACGGAGCUGUUGGGAAGACCUGUAUGCUCAUUUGUUAUACCAGUAACAAGUUCCCAACGGACUAUAUACCCACUGUCUUUGACAACUUCAGUGCUAAUGUGGCUGUGGAUGGGAGCAUUGUCAACUUGGGAUUAUGGGAUACUGCAGGUCAGGAAGAUUACAGCCGAUUGAGGCCACUAAGCUAUAGAGGGGCAGAUGUAUUUGUCUUGGCUUUCUCCUUACUGAGCAGGGCAAGCUAUGAAAAUAUUCUCAAGAAGUGGAUGCCUGAACUUCGUAGAUUUGCUCCAAAUGUUCCAAUUGUUCUUGUUGGGACAAAGCUAGAUCUUCGUGAUGACAAAGGAUAUCUGGCUGAUCAUAUUGGCUCUGGUGCAAUAACAUCUGCUCAAGGAGAAGAGUUGAGGAAACAAAUUGGCGCAGCAGCUUAUAUUGAGUGCAGCUCUAAAACUCAACAAAAUAUCAAAGCUGUUUUUGAUACUGCAAUCAAGGUUGUCCUUCAACCUCCAAGGAGGAAGGAGAUGGCAAGGAAGAAAAGUCAUAGAAAGUCAGGUUGCUCAGUCCUGAGCAUCAUGUGUGGAGGCUGCGUUGCAUAAAGGAUAUUUGGGUGGGGAUGGGUGACCCUCUUCAAAUGCUAUUAAUUCACAAUUUUGUGAAUGUUCAUAUUUGUGUGGUAUCAACACCCUCAUAUUAGUGUUGGUUAUUUAGUUGUUCCUUCCACAUCUAAUAGGGGAAGGGUAGAGGGAAUUUUUUGUUCUUUGCUGCCUUUGUUAGUAAAAAUAUCUUUUACUUUGUUGUUGUUGUUAAAGUAAGACCUGUUUAUUAUGCAGUAUAUCAAAUAUAAGCAGUUUCAAAUCAGCCCCUUUGA